AUGUUCAACGCCCCACGGCCCACACACGCCAACUACACCGGCUUCGGCGGCUCCUUUGUCGACGAGUCUGCCAACCCGCUCGCCGCAAGCGCGUAUGACGAUGGACUGGAUCCUUGGUCGGGAAAUCCGUCGCCGGCUCCGCCGCCUGUAGGGCCGGUGGUUGCUACUUCUCUCGGAGGCUACUGUGUGCCGAGUAUGUAUCAUGCUGCGUUUAGCGCUAUGGAUCCCACCGGAAGUGGAGAGUGCUCGGUCAACGCUGGUCAACGCGCUUCGUCGCUACGUUCACAUAUAUUCACUCAAUACCGUCGUUACGCGCUGCCGUUUAGAUACAGGACUAUAUCCGCAUGUGAGUGA